AAUAACAAGACCGCUGAUUCUAGUGAUCGACCUUCAGGCAUUCAAGCAAGACUCCUCCCUUCUUGUCUCGUUUUCAUCCCCCUUCCUCACCCACACAGCCAAUGUCUGCCUUUAAACUACCCACUGCGUCCGACUCCCAGAGCGGAUGGGGGCCUGUUGGUCUCAGCGCACAGUUCCGCGACAUCCCCUAUGCCCCCUACUCCAAGGCCGACAAGCUGGGCCGCAUCGCCGACUGGUCUGCCCCCGAGGGCACUCAGGGCAAGGACAACCGUGGUGCCGGCGGCGACCAGCGUGGAGGUCGUGCUGGUUUCCGCAACUUCAGAGACAACUAUGUCCCCUUUGGAAGCAAUGCCGCCAACGCAUUCAACUACCAGCACACCGAGGACGAGGCUUCGUUCUCCGUUGUUGACAACCGCUCAGCUGCUCAGAAAAAGACCACAGGCUUCAAGUCGGCCUCGAACCAGCGCGGUGGCCGUGGCGGAUUCCGUCAGCAGGGCCAGCAGCGCGGCCAGUUCCAGCGCUUGGGCGCUAACCGUGGAGGAUUUGGGGGCGCUCGUCAGGCACAGGGCGGUCAGCGCGGUGGUCGUCGCGGUUACAAUAACUGGAGAGACUUUGAACGUAACCAGCGUGUCCGUGAUGCCUCUGUCAAGGUCGGCUCUGACUGGACCAUGCUCGAGGAGAUUGAGUUCUCUCGUCUCAACAAGCUGCAGUUCGAAGUCGAGGAGCCUGAGGACAUUGCUCUUCAUGGUGCCGUUGCGACUUACGACAAGGCGUAUGAUCGCGUUAACACCAAGCAGGAGAAGGUUCUGCAGCAAGUGGACCGUGAGCGCGACAAUGUCACGACUUCGGAUGACCCCGUUCUCAGCAACUUGGCCUCGGAGGCCGUUUCUGAGGGAGAGCAGCGGGUUUUCGCCACGGACAGUAUUAUCGGUGUUUUGAUGACUGCACCCCGCUCGGUUUAUCCCUGGGACAUUGUCAUCACCAAGACUGGCAACAAGGUCAUUUUCGAUACCAGGGAGGGCAGCCAGCUUGACUAUGUGUCUGUGAACGAGAAUUCGACGGAUCCACCCAUGGACACUGGCGACAAGGACAAUAUUAACUCGCCCAGCGCUCUAUCUCUGGAGGCGACCUACAUCAACACCAACUUUGCUGCUCAGGUUGUCAACGCAGACCAGGUCAUUGACUUGGAGAACCCCAACCCCUUCUAUGGCUCUGACGAGGAGUCGGUUCCACUGGUCGGAUACCGGUACCGCAAAUUUGAUCUCUCAACGACUGAGGAGGAAGACAUCUCGCUCUUUGUCCGUACUGAGGUCGAUGCUAUCAUCAAGUCUCCUCAGGGCGAGGACACCUACAUUUCCCUCAAGGCCUUGAACGAGUUUGACUCUCGUGCUCAGGGAGCUGGUGGCGCUAUGGAAUGGAGACAGAAACUGGACUCUCAGCGUGGAGCCGUCGUCGCUACAGAGAUGAAGAACAACAGCUGUAAACUGGCUCGCUGGGUGGUCCAGACCAUACUCGCUGGCGCUGACCACCUGAAGCUCGGAUUUGUUUCACGCACUAACCCCAAGGAUGCCGCUCGCCAUGCCAUUCUUGGAACCCAGAUCUGCCGUCCUAAGGAGUUUGCUGCACAGAUGAGCUUGCAGAUCACGAACGGCUGGGGUAUCGUCAAGACCGUUGUCGACUUGGCUUUGAAGCUGCCAGAGGGCAAGUAUGUUCUGGUUAAGGACCCUAACAAGCCCGUCAUCCGCCUUUACUCUGUCCCCAAGUCGACCUUUGAGGGGGCUGAGGAGGGAGCUGAGGAGGCCGAGGCUGAGACUGCUUAAGCUGGAGCGUUUUGCGAUGCAUCAAGGGAGCAAGCCGCGGCGCUGUUCGGUUUGCAGCGGAAAGUUGUUUUUACGGUUUAUCAUUCUGCAUGAGAAAGAGAGAAAGAAAGAGCAGGAGAAGGAGAAACAGAAGAGAUGUAAUGUAGUCUAACACAAACACAUAAAGGGCAUCAUAUCAAAC